AAUGUUAAUUCGCAGUAACCAAAGUCAACUUACUAUUAUUUCUCUUAGUAUAAAUCGUUUUUUUUUCUAUCAAAUAAUUUUUUUUUUAUUGCACUUUAUGCAAUAAUGUAAUUCCGUUUAAUAUGAAAAUAAUAGUUUAAUUGUAUAAUUUAUCAUAUACAAUUAUGCCUUAAACAGUUGUCAGUUAUACAUUACUAUAGGACACCUAACUAUUGUAUUGAGAAUUCACUACUAUUUAGGAGUCCAAAUUCGAAUGGCCUAAAAUGGAAUUUGUACUGGGUGCCAUGGGCGCCUGUGGCGCUGUGUGCUUCACCAAUCCGUUGGAAGUAAUAAAAACCCGAUUUCAGCUACAAGGAGAGCUGAAAAAAGUGGGCAACUAUAAAGUCCACUAUAGAAACUUCGCUCACGCUAUUUACGUGGUGGCAAAAAACGAAGGAAUUUUGGCUCUGCAAAAGGGUCUGUUACCGUCUAUGGGACACCAAAUAUUCUUAAAUGGUACGAGAUUAGGCAUUUUCGAUGUGGCACAGAAAAAAAAGUGGAUACUUAAAAGUGAUGGCACCGUUUCGCUGAUUAAGUCUGCGCUCGUUGGAGGCGGAGCCGGCAUGUUGGGUGGCUUUUUAGGCAGUCCACUGGGCAUGUUAAAAAUUCACCUGCAAUCAUUUUCCGCCCAAUCAAUCGCCGUCGGCCAUCAGCACAACACCGUCAGCACGAUAAACGGUUUGCUGACGCUGUACCGUAAGUAUGGCGUAGUCCACGGGCUGUGGCGAGGGGCCACUGGGGCCAUGGUACGUAUUGGUGUCGCAUCGGCUACGCAAUUGAGUACGAUAAGCUUACUGAACGAGUCGCUCAUCGAUCGCGGGGUGUUGACCAAGGAUCAAAAAUUCCUGAGCACCCUCAUAUGCAGUAUGCUGGGUGGAGUACUGAUGUCAAUAGUGAUGGCACCAUUCGAUCUGGUAUCCACCAGACUCUAUAACCAAGCUGUCGACGCCAGGGGCCGUGGUAUUUUAUAUUCGUCGUACAUGGAAUGUAUGACCAAGACUUUCAGACAAGAAGGAAUCUACGGACUUUACAAAGGCGUUGUUCCGUGCUACCUCCGACUCGGACCCCACGUUGUUUUAAGUAUGGUGUUCUGGGACCGAUUGCGACAGUUCGAAUCAAAUGUGUCCGAUCGCAUUAAAACCAUUCAAAGUCUUUGAUUUGUUAAUUAGUUUUUAAAAUGAUUUGUUAUUGUGUACUUUUACUUAUCGUGUAAAUCGGAAAUCCCAAGGUAAUAAUAAAUUGUUAAAUGUUAUGUAUUUAUUGUAUUAUAUAGGUAAAGUUCCUGAUGGUUUUAAAUUUCAGUAAAAUGCAAAAAAAACUUACUAUACCCUUAUAUAAUAUACACUUUAUUGUACCUAUUGGUAAAAUGUUUCUUCGCCGAUUUUUAAACAUCGUUCGAUAGACGAUAAUAUAAUUUUAUAUACCAAAUUGAACGUAAAUUAUAAAUUAAUGUCCAUAGUAGUAUAUACUGUUGUAAGCUAAAUUAUAACAAUAAAUUAACAACAUUGCAUAGUC